UAUAUUUUGCCGUUUUCAAAUCACGAUAAUGGUGGUUUGAUGGCGAUCGUAGGACUUUAUGCUUUCUUAUUCAUGCUUGGUACCUGUGGUAAUCUUGCUAUUUUGACUGCUAUCUAUCAAGUUCGAUCACUUGAUCGAAGGUCACGUUAUAACACCACGUUAACUUACAUUGGCAUGUUAAGCAUUGUUGAUCUGAUCAGUAUGCUAUUAUUACCAGUGACCAUCAUCGAUCAAGUGAUGGGAUUUUGGAUCUUCGGCACAGCAGUGUGCAAAUUAUUCAGACUUUUUGAACAUAUUGGCAAGAUCUUUGGUACUUUUAUUUUGGUUUGCUUUAGCAUCGAUAGAUACUGCCGUGUUUGUCACCCUCUAAAAUUAACAGCUUAUUCCAUGCUGGCACUUAUGUUUUGCAUUACUUGUGUUAUUGUCUGUCCCAUCGUUGUUUUUGCGCAAUCAAAAGUAAGUGUAGUAGAAGAAAAAACAAAUGAACUAACACGUCUUCAUUUAUUCAAAUGUGCGGAUAAUUUGGGCAGCCAAAUUUUUAUAUUUUUCAGUCUAACCUGUUUUUUUUUCGUUACCUCUUUACGCUUGAAUCUAAUAGUCAUAAAUUUCAGGUCACCAUACUGGUUGUCGGUAUUAUAUUCACUUUAUAUGGAAAUCUUUUCGGCUCCUGAGCUUCAGAUGCCGAAUUCAUCAUUUAUUUAUUUCAUGUAUGGAGUGCAUGCUCUACCAUACAUUAAUUCAGCUUCAAAUUUCAUUUUGUAUGGCCUUCUCAACCGACAAGUCAAUUUUUCAUUUAUCGAAAAAAUAAGGAAUGGAUGGAAAUUUCUCAGAAUUUCGCUUUUUUUACUUAUUAUAAUUUCAUUCAUAUUUUUGUCUAAAUAUGCAAAUAUUUUGGACGAAAGAUUAAAAGUAUCUUGA